AUGGACCUUAAUUUAAGAAGAUCCAGGGCACAACAGAUCGUACCAUGCACAGUAUCACAGCUUCUCUCGGCCACGCAGAAUGAUGAGGUUUUCAGAAUAGGGGAAGUUGAGCUUUCUCAGGUUACAAUUGUUGGAAUAGUCAGACAUGCUGAAAAGGCUCCAACAAAUAUUCUUUAUAAAGUGGAUGACAUGACGGCAGCACCAAUGGAUGUCAGACAGUGGGUGGACACAGAUGAAGCAAGUUGUGAGAGCAUUGUGGUACCGCCUAAUAGCUACGUUAAAGUAGCAGGUCAUCUUCGCUCCUUCCAGAAUAAGAAGAGUGUUGUAGCAUUUAAGAUUGCACCUAUUGAAGACAUGAAUGAAUUUAUAUCACACAUGCUGGAGGUUGUACAAGCUCACAUGAUCCUAAAUUCCCAGGGUCAGGCUUCAGGAGGUGGAUCUGCCAUGGUCCUCAGCACACCUGGACGCGUGGGAAUGGGGGAGACUGCAGGAGCAAAUGACAUGCCAAUUAAUGGGCUGACGCCACAUCAGAGCCAGAUUUUGAAUCUGAUUAAAAGCUACAGAGGGAGUGAAGGAAUGGCAUUAGAUGAUCUGAAGGCAAGGCUUCAAGGAAUUAAUGUGAACACAAUCAAACAAGCAUUGGAGUUCCUUAGCAACGAGGGACAUAUUUAUUCCACAGUGGAUGAUGACCAUUUCAAGUCAACAGAUGGAGAUUAAGAAAAGCAAAUUAUGCAUUGCAUCUGUGGUUGAGUGGUGCAACAGAAGAAACUGUGUCCUGACUUCUAUAGCGUGGAUAUGUGGCUUAUGUGUCAUCAUUUUCAGGAUUCUUGCACCUCACUCCCUGCCUCUUUCCC